GACACUUUAAGACUUGAGUGUCUCUUCACACUUGACCAAAAAGGAGUAAAGACACAAAAGAGCAAAGAGAAAUUAGGAGAGAGAGAGAGAGAGAGCAGAGAACCAAAAUCGAUGGCGGUUUCCGUUCCCAUCCUCGCCGUCGUCACUUCCCUUCACCUCCUUGCUUUCGUAUUCGCCUUUGGCGCCGAACGACGCCGUAGCACCGCUGUACCAGUCCCCGACCAGUACGAUGAGAAGACUUUCUGCAGGUACGGAACAGAUGCGUCGACGGUGUACGGCAUGUCGGCGUUUGCGCUGCUUCUCGUGAGCCAAGCGGUGGUUAACGGCGUUACAAAGUGUCUCUGCUGCGGAAAGGGUCUCGUUACUGGUACUUCUUACACCGUCUGGGCUAUUGUCUUCUUCGUCGUCUCUUGGGUAAGCUUUUUAGGUGCUGAGGCGUGUUUGUUGGCUGGAUCAGCGAAGAACGCUUACCACACCAAAAGCAAAGGCGUCUUCCAAGGAAAAGAGCUUUCGUGUGCGGUCUUACCCGUUGGUGUCUUUGCUGCUGGAGCUGCUUUUACUCUCCUCUCUUUGAUUGCCACCAUUCUUUACUACUUGGCUCAUUCCAAGGCUGACACUGGUGGAUGGGAGAAGCAUCAUAACGACGGUAUUGGGAUGACUACUCCUUCAGAUGCUCCAAAGCAGCAGAACAAUGACUUCGACAAGGUUUAACGGACUUCUGUUUGGUUCUUAUGAUAGCUAUGCUUCUUUUUUUAAAGACAGGGUUAUAAACUAAUAGUAUAAAAUGUUGUGUUGUUAUAAUUGUUCAUAUAAACUUGUAUUGUGAGAUGGAAUGGUGGCUCUAUGUAUGUCUGCUUAUGAGAAACUUGGACUGGCUCCUUAGAUUA